AUGACCCUAAAGAAUCUUGUGAAAAAGUUAUUCGUUCCAUUGACAGUAUUAGGAGUCAGCAUCGUAUGUAUGUCGCAAAGCAAUGACUAUCGUGAAUGGUUGGAAAUCGAAGUUCCAGGUGGCCCUCCUCCUAACUUGUUAGGCUACUUAUUCUCUUUAGUGGCAACAUUGAUCUUUUCCAGAGACCGUAGAGAUCUCCUGAAUCUAAAAAUCGAAGAUAGUGAGCGAUAUUUGGAAGAUUUGCCAAUUAGGAGUUACGGCGAGCCAGAUAUUGCUAGAUGGUGUAUUCCACAUCGACAGGUAAGCCAAACUGCUUACGAUAUAGGAUUGGAAGACGACGUCGAUUCUGAUUUUAACAAAUUUUUUAAUAUCUUUACAGAAAAUUCCAAUUGUUUUAUUGGUAUUUCCGAAGUUGAAAAUAGCCUUCCUGCUCUUUUUCUAAAAACCUCUUACCAAGAAAAAGAGAUUAUUCAUAGACAUACUAAAGAUGGAUCUUUCCAUAUUUCAUUGAGUCGGGCAGAUGCAUCUACGGUUGUUAAAAAUAAAUGGGGAGAAUUGCAUCCCCUUCCUGAAUUUUUUAGGCAGCACGAUGAAACUAAUAUAUUGAUCUAUGCUCCUCAGAACCCAGAUGAUUACAAGAUAUACUCAAAGAUUAUUCAUGCCUCAAUUCUGUUUUAUAUGAACAAGUUUUCAACAUAA